AUGUCGGUCUCUAAUAAUACAACGAACAAGCGCCGCGGCGUCAUCCGACAGCUGACGGACGAAGAGAGCUCCGUUGCCGCCCGUUGUCCUUCAUGCGAUCGGCCAGAUGUGGCUGAUAGAUGGAUGGUCCAGUGUGAUCUAUGCCAAAGGUGGUUUCACUUCUCCUGUGCGAGAGUCGAUGAGAGUGUGCGAGACCGCAGUUUCGCAUGUGGCACCUGCGCACUUCAACACGGGUUGGAAUCCACUAGAUCGACCACAUCCAGCACAAAUUCGGCGAGAAGACGGCUCGAGCUCCUCCGGUUAGAAGAGGAAAAGGAACUUCAGGAGAAACUGCUAGCGGAACAAGUCGAAGAGGAGGCGGCUCUGCAAAGGAAGAUAGUGGAAGAGGAACGGGAGCGUCGAAAGAGGAUCAUGCAGGAGAAGCUGGAUAUUGCCAAGCGGUAUAUCAACAAGAAGUACGAGGUGCUACAGGAGGAGGAACGAUCAAAUCAUGGUGGGAGUCGGAAAAGUCAUUCCAGCACUCGAAGCAAACUGAGCGACGUUGAGAAGUGGGUGAAUAACCAAAAUUUGGCCUUGGUAACUGGAUCCGGGACGAGUCAAGCCCCCAUCGGUGCCACGCCAGUUGUCGAAAUUGACCCCAAAACAACAGCUAGUAGUUCGUGUGGCGGUGCAGUUCCGAUCGUUUCCGCGCAGGCUGGUGUUCCCAAUACAUCUGUAGCAGCUACCGGUCCGUACAACCUUAACAAUAUCGCUUCUUGGGGAAUACUGGUACCCCGGUCGGGUCAGGGCCCAGCGAAUUCAGCUUCGGUUCCCCCUCCAUCGCUACCGACAACGUCCAGUACUCCGAUGCAGGAAAAGCAGAUUCCUCGUAGCAGCAAUCACGUAGCAGCUGACAUUUCUCCCCCCGCGACGACGCAGCAAGUUGGGCCAGCAGUGUACGAUAUGGACAUUUCUCCACCUCACGUCGGCGAACGGUCUAGAGCGGAUCUAGAGCGAGAGCUGCAGGAACUGCAGCAACAGUUAGCCAACCUCAAACGAAGUUCGUUCAGUCAGUAUCACUGUCCAGCUCCUGGUGGCAUCAGCAACGUUUCAGUUCCAGUAACUAGCCUAAGUAACAUGGCAGAUACAGGGGUUCCCAAUCCGAGUUUUUACAACGAUCCCAAUGUUCUCGCUGAUAACUUGUUCCAGCAGUAUGAACCAAGAAUUUCCAAUCCCAAUACCCGAUCAACUUUGUCGGCAGAAGCACCUUCCUAUCCUUUUAUCGCGAGUGAAAGAAGUGCUCCGAAUCAGAUAAGUCAGCCAGUCGCUUUUCCGGUUGAUGUUAUCUCCCGCCCUUUCGUCGCGAGUGUGCCGAGUGUCCCAAAUCCAAUCGUUACGCCAGUAGUGUCACAACGAGCGGUUCCUGAUCCAUCGGCCAGGCAUUGUGGACCGAGUUCGCAGCAAAUCGCCGCGAGGCACGUCGUGCCCAAGGAGCUUCCGGAGUUCGCAGGUGAUCCCAUAGAGUGGCCAUUGUUCGUGAGCAGUUACAACAACUCGACUCGAAUGUGUGGAUAUACCGACGACGAAAAUCUUAUGCGACUACAACGCAGCCUGAAGGGGAAUGCGAAGGAAGCAGUUCGGGGGCAUCUCUACCAUCCGUCAUCCGUGCCACAGAUUAUGACCACCUUGGAAACCCUAUACGGACGCCCGGAAUUAAUAGUAAAGUGCUUGACGAGCAAAGUGUAUUCUACUCCGGCGCCAAAAGCAGAUAAACUGGAAAGUCUCAUCAGUUUCGGACUCGUUGUGCAGAACCUCUGUAGCCAGCUGCAGUCUAUGGGUAUGGAAACCCAUUUGGCCAAUCCCUCACUACUCCAGGAUCUGGUAGACAAGCUGCCAGCUAACAUUAAACUGGACUGGGCUAUGUAUCAGCGCCACGUUCCAGUAGUGGACUUGCGUGCUUUCGGCACCUAUAUGACCACAAUUGUAUCUGCCGCUAGCAAGGUCACGCUUUACGCAGAGCCGUCUACAAAGCCAGAGAAGCCUAAAGGGAAGGAAAAAGGUUUCGUCAACGCCCAUUCAACGGAACCCCAUAGACACAACGAUCGCGACAAGAAGGAGGAGACAAGCGGCGUGAGUGUAGGCUAUCAACCAAAGCCGUGUCUGUUGUGUAAGACGGAGGGGCAUAAAGUGAAGGAUUGCGAGGGAUUCAAGCAAUUAACGUUGGCGAAUCGAUGGAAAACUGCUCAUCAGCUGAGCCUUUGUCGUCGCUGUCUGAUUCCACACGGAAAGUGGCCAUGCAAGGCCACAGUUUGUGGAGUAGGUAACUGCGAAGCGCGUCAUCACAAGUUGUUACACCCUGGAGAUCCCCAGUCGUCGGUUAUCGAAAGUACGACACCAGCAUUAAACCAGCCCGCAUCGUCAGCGACCGUGAAUGUGCAUCGACAGCAUCCGUGUCCGGUACUCUUCCGAAUACUGCCAGUUACACUUUACGGGAAAAGUGCAUCAGUCAACACGCUAGCGUUUCUCGACGAUGGAUCAUCGCACACGCUUAUCGAGAAGGAGUUGGCCGACGAACUAGGCGUUGAAGGCGAAGUGGAACCCCUGUGCCUACAGUGGACAGGCACUAUACGACGAACAGAAAGUGAAUCCCAGAACGUUCAGCUUGCAGUUUCGGCGAUUGGUAACGAUCGGAAGCAUUCUUUGGAUCAUGUGCGUACGGUGGAGAACUUGGAUCUUCCUCCACAAUCGUUGCAGUACGAAGAAAUGGCGCGCAAAUUCGACUACCUUAAGGGUAUUCCUGUGGACAGUUACUCUAGCGCUGCACCUCGUAUCCUGAUCGGCGCCGACAAUGCCAAAUUGUUGCUGACAUUGAAGAAGCGAGAAGGCAAGUAUUGCGAACCAGUUGCGGCGAAGACUAGAUUAGGUUGGACCAUCUACGGCAAAGCAGAAGGCCUCAGCGAUUCACCCGAACAUCGUCUCCUCCACAUUUGUGCUCGGUCGUCUGAUCAACAGCUACACGAUGCAGUGAAGAACUUUUUUUCGAUCGAAAACGUAGGUGUAGCUCUGGUUCCGCAAGUCGAAGCCGACGAAGAUCGCAGGGCACGAGAAAUUCUGGAAAAGACAACUGUUCGCACAGCGACUGGAAGAUUUCAAACAGGUCUGCUGUGGAAGUUUGAUUGUGUCGAGUUUCCGGAAAACCGAUUCAUGGCAGAACGACGAUUGACUUGUCUGGAACGAAGCCUCUCCAAGAAACCGGAGUUGUACGCGAACGUCCGUCAGCAGAUACUUGACUAUCAAGCAAAGGGGUACGCGCACAAGCUUACCAAUGAAGAAUCUACUAGCAGUGAGCCAAACAAGGUGUGGUAUUUGCCGCUAGGAGUCGUACAGAACCCGAACAAACCCGGAAAAGUUCGGGUCAUAUGGGAUGCUGCCGCCAAAACUGGUGGUGUUUCACUGAACUCAAUGCUUCUACCAGGCCCGGAUCUUCUCACCUCGCUUCCAUCUGUAUUGUUCCGCUUUCGCCAACGAGAGGUUGCCGUCACAGGCGACAUAAAGGAAAUGUUCCACCAGAUUAUCAUUCGUCCGGAGGAUCGGCAGGCUCAGCGUUUCUUGUGGCGGGACAAUCAGGGGGACCCGAUUCAGGAAUAUGUUAUGGACGUAGCCACGUUUGGGUCUACAUGUUCGCCGUGCUCUGCCCAAUACGUGAAGAACAAGAACGCUGAGGAAUGGAAGCAGAGAUAUCCCGAAGCAGCUGCAGCCAUAGUAGAGAAUACCUACGUAGAUGAUUAUGCAAACAGCGCGGAUACGGUUGAAGCAGCAGUUCGCGUAGCACUCGAGGUGAAGGAGAUUCAUGCUAGCGCGGGAUUUGUCAUUCGGAACUGGCUCUCGAAUUCCGGACAAGUUCUUCGACGGGUCGGGGAACAAGGUUCAGAAACCACGAAAAGCUUUUCAGUGGGAAAGUCAACCGAUGCGGAACGAGUUCUGGGUAUAACCUGGCUUCCAGAAUGUGACAGCCUCACGUUCGCUGCCAAGUUUCGGCCUGAUAUUCAACAUCUACUGGACGAAGCCACGAUCCCAACCAAGCGUCAGGUUCUCAGGGUCGUAAUGAGCAUCUUUGACCCCCUCGGACUUGUGGCGGCAUUUGUUGUUCACGGCAAGUGCUUGAUCCAAGACAUUUGGAGAGCAGGCAUCGACUGGGACGACCAGAUUCCAUCGGAGAUAGUCAAUCAAUGGCGGCGAUGGGUCGAGGUGCUUCGUAAUCUAGACCACGUGAAGAUCCCGCGGUGUUACUUCCCUGGGUACGAUCCACGCAGCCUCCAAAGCCUGGAACUUCAUGUUUUCGUUGACGCGAGUGAGGCGGCGUACGCUUGUGCCGCUUAUUUCCGAAUUGUCGACCGUGGGAAUGUUCGCUGCGCACUCGUUGCUGCCAAAACUAAAGUGGCCCCUCUAAAACCGAUGUCAGUACCCCGGCUGGAGUUGCAGGCUGCAGUCAUAGGAGUAAGAUUGUUGAAGUCGGUCCAGGAAAAUCACACCUUACCGAUCAGUCGUCGUGUGAUCUGGGGUGACUCUAAAACGGUUCAAUCCUGGAUUCGUUCAGACCAACGCAAAUACCGGCAGUUCGUGGCCUUUAGAGUCAGCGAGAUCCUUAACGAAACGAACACAAACGAAUGGCGAUGGGUUCCGACGCGGCUCAAUGUUGCGGAUGAGGCCACGAAAUGGGGCAAAGGACCAUGCUUCCAAACUAACAGCCGGUGGUUCGUGGGACCAGAAUUUCUGUACCAGGACGAAUCUGAAUGGCCUAUUCAAGAGUCCUCCCCUCCGGACACUCCGGAAGAAAUGCGUAUGGUUCACGCUCACCAUAGAGUGGCUCCGGAAUCUCUGAUUCAAUAUCACCGUUUUUCCAAAUACCAGCGGCUGCUGCGGACUAUGGGAUUCGUUCUUCGCUUCAUCGAUUCCUGCCGUAAAAGAAUUGAUCCCGAACGGCGUGACGCUAGGACAUUAUCGAAAGAAGAACUAUUAAAUGCAGAAGUCGUGCUGUGGAAGCUGGUGCAGGCCGAAGAAUACUCUGAAGAGCUCACAACAGUGCGCAAAAAUCAACAGUUGUCACCAGAAUGCGGCAAGCGGUUGGAGAAGAUCAGUCCACUGCGCAAGUUGUCGGUAUUUUUGGACGAUCAAGGAGUCUUGCGGAUUGAAGGGCGAAUUGGUGCGGCCAAAUGUGUCCCAUACGGGUCCAAGUUUCCCGUGAUUCUUCCGAAGAAGCAUCGGUUCACCGAGUUACUCAUCGGAUUCUUUCAUCAGCGCUACGCACACGGUUUUGGAGAAACAGUAACGAAUGAACUACGACAGAUAUACCACAUUCCAAGUCUGAGAACAGUUGUUCGGAAAGUGGCUAGGAGUUGUCCAUGGUGUACUGUGUAUCGUGCUGUACCAAAGGCACCUCGGAUGGCACCUCUUCCAGCUGUACGAGUGACCCCUUAUGUCCGGCCAUUUACAUUCAUCGGAAUCGACUACUGCGGACCGUUUAUGAUUCGGAUCGGCAGAAGCAGCGUAAAACGGUGGGUUGUGCUCAUCACCUGCUUGACGGUACGAGCCGUACACCUAGAGGUGGCCAGCAGCAUGUCCAGCGAGUCGUGUAAGAUGGCGAUUAGGCGGUUUAUAGCCAGGAGAGGUGCUCCGCAGGAGAUUUAUAGUGACCAGGGCACGAAUUUCGUCGGAGCGAGCAGAGAGCUACGAGCGGAAGUUGCAGCGGUGAAUCGUGUCUUGGCAGGAAGUUUUACCAACCGUGACACCCAAUGGCGGUUCAAUCCGCCCGCCGCCCCACACAUGGGUGGCGUGUGGGAACGCCUAGUACGAACUGUGAAGACUUCGUUGGAAUCUCUAACGAUCAGCAAAACUCCGGACGAAGAAACUUUCAACACUCUCCUCAUCGAAGUCGAAGGAAUCGUCAACUCCAGGCCGUUGACGUUUGUGCCUCUAGGAACGGAAGAUGAUGAAGCGCUUACACCCAACCACUUCCUGUUGCUCAGCUCGAAUGGCGUUUGCCAGCCACCGCAAUUACCAGCAAAGGACAGUGGUCGGUCGCUUCGGGCUAAUUGGGACCAGGUGCGGUGCUUACUGGAUGAAUUUUGGAGCAAGUGGAUCAAAGGAUACCUGCCUACAAUCUGCCGUCGCACGAAGUGGUUCGACGACACCAAGCCAGUCAACGUUGGAGACCUGGUGUUCAUAGUCGAUGAAGGUAUACGAAACAGCUGGACACGCGGGAAGGUUGUGAAGGUGAUCCCUGGCAACGAUGGAAGAGUACGAAGAGUGGAUGUGCAGACGAACAACGGAGUGUUGCAGAGACCUGUUACCAAAGUGGCAGUGUUAGACGUGGCAGUUGGAGGUACAGCUGAGGAUGACCACUAG